ACAACAGGCAAGCCUGCAUUGGCAUUGGCAGUGGGAAGAUAUACGUCUUGAAAAGAUUCCUUUGGGUGUGUGUGGUAUAGAGAGAGGCAGGUAUAACAAGUACAGCCUCACCGAGCCUUGUGUCUCUUUCAUUCUCAAUCUUCACCUCUAGAAGCUCUUCCAUUCCUCGACUACCUUUGUCUCCCCCUUCCUUCGAGUCAACUUCCACUUGCAACUCGCCAAAGUGUGGUGGUUCGAAGACAAGAGGACGAUUCAAUUUGCCAGACAAUGGUUGUGCAUGCCUACCAUCCCUUCCCAGACAGCCGUCGGUUCGACCCGUUGCGAAGUACCCUUCCCUCAACAUACGCAGACCAUCGUAGAAGUGGAGGCAGUGGGCGCUCAUCGCCUUAUCCCACCUCAAGAAACGGAAGCAUGUCGACGGGCUCUGAGGACAAUGGCUCCCGGAAGAGGAUUCCCGUGGCCUGUGGUCGCUGUAGGAAACGGAAGAUACGCUGUAGCGGUGACAAUGGCCAGGGGGAGGCAUGCGUCAACUGCCGCAACGCGGGUGUCACGGUCUGCCAGUUCCUGAGACCGCACGCAUUAGAAACUCUGAUGAAGGACAACGAUCCUGUGUUCGGCUACAGCCAGCACAGGUCUCGAGCGCAAAGCAGUGGAAACUUCCCGAGCCUGCCUAGUACACAGCCGCAUCUUCUAUCAGCAACCGCAUAUCAUGACGGCGCAGCCUCCUGGGGUUCAGGACAGGUCGACGCAAUGCAGUACAGAGGCAGCGGCGCGCAGGCCUAUGGUCCCCGAGGCUACCUCAACUGGGGUCCCCAAUACUUCGAACCAGUCCCUGAGCAGCAGCCGCACAGCUACCCGGCCCAAAGCCUGUACAGUACUGCUGCGUGUUGCCAGGCGCCUCCAGAGCCACGAUACUUGGCAGUGUACGAACAGGCCCCUUUGCCAAACAUGAAGGCAAUGUCAAGCUUGAAUCAGGGGGGAUUCGGCUACCACGUCCCUGGUUCUGCCAUGACGGUUACGGAACCCCCCGCUCAGCAUGCUGCUGUGUCCGAAAGCCCGUGGUUUCAUAGCGUUGCCCAAGGGCUUCCCGAUGGCGCGAGGGGCGACAGAUCCCCCCCCGAUGUCUCUCCACCCAACUACAGCAGCCACGACAACGGAACUGCUUACAGCAAGCCUUCGCCACCGGGUAUUCCUGGCAUGGGAUCUACCUCGGGCUACGGUUCAGCCGGCUUCGACAGCUCAUCCCCAUCCUCAUGUUCCACACCGGAGCAGACAUGCGCGACUGACAUGAAUGGGAUUGACCCGUAUGCGUGGCACAAGCGCUCGACGACCCCUGAAAACAGCAACAAUGCCGAGAGCUACUCGACAUACGAUGCUAUUCGCGGUCUGCAUGAGAUGAGCAAGGCAACUCAGCGUGUGUAAUGGGCUGCGCAUCGGUCAACGUG